AUGGCAAUUAAUAAUGUUGAUGCUAUUCGCCCUUCAAAUUUUGUUAUUGGUACAGAGGCGCGAGCUUUUCCUGACUUUUAUUUAUAUACAUCAGAGUCGUACAAGAAAAUUUUUAAUUUUGCUUCACAAUUUACUGAAGCAUUUUCGAAAGAAUCAACGUGGGCAAUAAAUGAUAAAGAUUCGGAUCGUGAUAUAGUUUGUCAAUUAGAUUCAAAUGGUUUUGCAACAAUCUUUCGAAUAGAUUAUGGUGACGUACAACGUAUUCGUACGUGGAUGUUUCAAAUAUACCGUCUGGCUCAUCACUGUACAUUAUCAAAUAUAAUUAGACCAAUAAAUGGCUGGCUAUCAAACGUUAUUGAUAAAUUUCAUGCACAAUUAAAUAGGCCAAAUCUUUAUGCACGAUUACCUAAUUAUAGUGGAAUAAGACAAAUAUCAGAAGUUGAAAUAAGUGUAAAAGGAUCAACGAAAAGAUUUCAAAUUGAUUUACAAAAAUCGAUGCAAAAUCUUCAGAGAUUAUCAUCAUUGGUGAAAUAUCAAGCAAUUGCUUUACAAGAUAGUCGUACUUUAUGGCAUCGUGCUAUUAUAUUAUAUGCUGAAGCUAAUUUAUCAAACGUCUGUGUUUAUUUUGUUGAUAUUGGUCAUAAAGAACGCAUUUUAAUAAAUAAUAUUUAUGAAUUACCUAUAGAAUUUGAAAGUAAACCAGCAUUUUCUAUUCCAUGUUGUUUAUAUAAUGUAUGUCCAAUUGAUGGUAAUGAACGAUCAAUAUGGAAAUUAGAUGAUAAAGUCUAUGAUGAAUUUAUUAGACUUAUGGUUAAUACUGUUAAUUGUACAGUAUGCUCAAAAUAA